AUGUCUUUGGCGCCGAAACUCAACAAGGUAUCUCUGGAAAUCUACAUGGAAUCAAAAUGUCCGGACACAUCUCGAGUGGAUAAAGUAUUUCACUUUUUUUUAAAAUUUUUAUUCGCCUUUUUCACUUAUGACUUUUCAUUUCAUUUCAGAUUUCUGCACAAACAGCUUAUGAAAACAUGGUCAAUGCUGUCGAAUACGGGUCGCAUAGAACUCACAAUGAUUCCUUUCGGAAAAGCUCGGUGUGUGGCGACGACUGGAGACGAUUACGAAUGCACUUGUCAACAUGGUGAAAGCGAAUGUUUAUUGAAUCAGUUGAUGAACUGUGUUCUCGAACGGAUCGGUGUUCCGGACAGGACCGUCCCAAUUAUCGAUUGCAUCCAAGGGCGAAAUGAUCUCGACGAUGCAAUGAAGUCAUGUGUCACUAAUAACGCGCUCUUAGACGAACAGUGGAUGAAAGAAUGUGCAACUGGCCUAAUUGGACGACGUCUUUUGGCGACGGCCGGUUUGCGGACGGCUUCACUUAAUCCACCACUCGAUUUUGUUCCAUGGAUUAUGAUUGACGGCGAGCGGAACUCUGACGCUUACUAUGACUUAACGGAAAAUCUCUGCAAAAAACUUAAACCCGCUCCCGAUGAAUGUGUGGUGUAUAUGCAAAAUUCCAAAGCACGCUAA